AUGACUAAUUACAAUGACGCUAAGGACUGCGAGAAAAACGUCAAGAUUUUUGUUAGAAUUCUCCCGCUCGAGAGAUUUUGCCCAUCGUACAUGAACAUCGACGCGGAACACAAGAUUCAACCGAACAGAAUCGCUGUAUCGAGACAACCGUCUUACUGGGGCUUCCAAACAGAUGGAAUUUUCUUGGAUUCCUCGCAGGAAGAGGUGUACCGCGUUUCGACCGAAGACCUGGUAUCAAAGAUGAUAAGUAGACACAAUUUAAGAGUUUUAGACGGCGUGAGUUGCGUUUUGAUCGGCCAUGGACAAACUGGCUCUGGGAAGAGCUUCACGAUCAGCGGUCUCCGAAACGAUUGGGAACACAGAGGACUGGUUGCGCGGCUUUUCACCGACUUAUUCGCAGAAAAGUCAAGCAGAAUGAGUGUCAGCAAAAUAGAGUAUCGACUGAGCUUCGUCGAGCUGCGUGGAAAGGAAGCAAGAGAUCUGCUUUCUGAAACUGAGAACAAGAUCUGGAUAAACGACCGGGACCCGUUUAAGGAUAUCUUGAUGGUCAGCGUGAAUACCGAGGAAGAAGCUUUGAGGAAGAUUUUCGAAGGAGAGGUCAGAAGAUCGGUCGUGAAAGGAUCGACGUAUUUAACCUCGCAUUUGGCUACCGCUGUGAUCACUGUUCACGCGACCAACAUUAGUCUAAUUACAUCGUGGGGCAUCGUAACGACAGCCAAAGUAAUCUUGUAUCGAAAUUCGCAUCUUGCUUUCCUAGUCAACGAUAAGCUUUUACAAAAUGGUCCUAGAUUCACAUCGUUGAGAUGGCUGCCAGUUAAGAUCAAGGAAGACGUUAAAUAUAGACCGGAUCAUAUAGAACGGAUACUUCAGGAUGAGGUCGACUCUUUGAAGAAGGAACUGAUGAUAAAUGAUCUGUUCCUACGCCAGGAGGCCUCGAUGAAUAUUUCUAAGUCGCGAAUGGAACAGAUCAAUCGAAGCAUUGUGAAUUUUCUUAAUGGGACGAUCUCUGAUUUUACGCUGUUCAGUGUGUCUCAAGCCACGGUGCUGCUGAAGAGUAUCAAGGAUUUAUAUAACAGGUUCCAUUAUUCUUGUUACGUAUAA